AUGCUAAGGGAUCUUUCACGACACAAUAUAAACCAGAAAACAAAAAAUCAACCUAAGCCUGCUGCUGUGCAGUUUGUUGUAGUUCUCUCCGGUACUGCCGACGAUGCUGCUGUUUCCAUCGUUACAGAUGCUGCUGCCAUUGCUGCUGCUGCUACUGCCGCUGCUGCUGCUGCUGUAGUUGCUACGGUUGCUGCUAUCGCUGCUGCCAUUGGCGGUGAUCACGAAGAUUCUGUUGAUGCUGCUGGUGAUGCGGAUGAUGCUGAAAAAGAAUCCGCUGCUCAGUAA